GCUAACACGAUGGAGAGAAAGAGUAGAAGUACAUGUACUGGUAGUAACAAGAAAUUGAAAGCAGAAGGAGUGCACCAUGCUUCACUUAGCAGCUUGGGAGAGCCAAGAAAGAGAAAGAAACCGUUCUUGUAUGAAGGAGAAACAAAACAGAAACGAAGAAAACUAGAAGAACAGUUGGAUGGCAACGAUAGUAGUCAGAAGAAACGGAAAAGAAGGAAGCGGUUGCGUGAAGAGCUCGAGAAAGGGACAGUUACAGACAUUAGCAGGGAUGUCCUACCUGAGAAGUUGACUCUAUCAGAUCAAGUUGGUCUAUCGCACAAUGAAAAUGGAAAAAAAAUUAGCAGUUGUUCUGACAAUGAAACGAGGGUUUUCAAAAAUCCACUGGAUCAAGUAGUGGUGAAGAAAACAAAGAAAAAGAAGCAAAAGAAGCAACAGCAAAAACGACAUGCUAGUGAAGGCUACACAAGUGUUGAUGUUACACCUAAUGAAGACGGCGACACUCCCCUUGAUUGUUCAACAAAUGAUAUGAAUGAAUUUCAGUCAACAACUGGUGCCAUGGAACGGACAGAAAAGAAGAAAAAGAAGAAAAAGAAGAAAAGGCAGAACAGACUUGCAGAAACAGAGGAUGUGAGUUGUGCAUCCAUCUAUUCUACUGAUCAAGAAACUUCUCGAAUGAAGAAGAAAAAGAGAAAAAAGAAACACAAGUUGAGUAUGCUACCAAUAGAUUCUUCAAGCAAUGACAAGAUGUGUGACCAAGAAUUCAAUAGUGCCAAUAUUGAUGACGAUGGAAGGCAUCCAGCACGAAAACAGAAGAAACGAAAGAUAACAAAGUGUUUUACUACUGCCAUCAUGAGUGACACUUUAGUAUGUGACAAUCUCAGUGCUUGGGAUGGAUUUGGAAAUAAUGUAGCUCAAACAGGUAAAGUGGCAAGUAAACCGUACCCAAAGUCACAGAAGGAGACAAAGAAAAAGAAGAAAGGGAAGACUCAGAGUGUACAGAAGCAAACGUUCAAAAAGCGUAUUGUCUCUACAGACUACGUAUCAAGUACAGCUUGCUCAUCAUCUGAUGAUGAAGAAACAAGAAAGGAUUCUUGUAGAAGUGGGGAUCAUCAUGACAAUAGUUUUUUAACAUUGACUCACAAUAGACGUGGUAAGACUGUUGGAAGGGAAUUGGAUGACGUACUUGACUUAUUAGAUGAUGAUGAUGACUCUCCAGAUGAAUAUGAAUCUCUACAUAAUUGGCAUGCAACACUAGACUCAAACAGUCGAAAAGAAGCAUAUGAAAGUGGUGCAAAGAAAGGAGUAUUUUCCAAGCAAGAGAUUGAUCAGAUUUCAGCCAAUGUGAAACGAUUCUGCACACGUCACUCAAUCAAAGACCCUGCUGAAAUUGCUGUUGGUGGCUGGUCAAAUAGUACAUAUGGCCGUGCAAAGAGAUCUGCAUUCUUUCGGUUUUCGUGUCGUCAUGUUCCUCGAACUGUGUAUUCGGUAUAUCGAUACCUGAGAAGGAUACUUGACGACACAAACUACAAAGGCAAGUUCACAAGAGAAGAGAGUGAGCAACUAGACAGUCUUUUGUUGUGUCAUGGUUCACAGUGGGAGAUGAUUGGUAAGUUGAUGGAUCGAAGCGGUCAGUCACUGAUUGAUCACAAGAGGUCUGUGAGUGAUACUAAAGGUCCAUGGACUGAGCAAGAGGAGAAGAGUCUUCUAGAGGCGAUAAAGUGGGUAGCAGAACAGAAGGGAUUGCAGUUAGACCAGCUACCAGAUACCGACAUUCCUUGGACGGUUGUUGCCCAGAGAGUAUCAGAACGAACUGUUGUUCAGUGUCGUAGCAAAUGGUUGUUGAAUCUCAAGUGCAAGUUCAGAGAUGGUCGAGUGGAAAAAUGGAGUAAAUUUGAUGAUGUCAAACUUAUCAAUAAAAUUAAUGAAUGUGGGGCUAUGUGUUUUGCUGAUGUGCCAUGGAAUGAUUUUGUUGCUGGUUGGCCAGAAGCUGGAUCGUUUCACAAGGUGAGACAAAGGUUCUCACGUUUGAAACAAAUGGUGCCCGAUGCCAAUGCCAAGACUUUUGAAGAGAUUAUGUCCUAUUUGUAUGAAACUGUAAGACCAAUGUUGUUACCUCCUCAAUAUCAGAUCUAGACCAAACCUCAUAUGUCUGCUGCAGAUGAUUGUAAUGUCAACAUUUCAUAAAUAUCUGCUGAUCACGUCACUACAACACAAAAAAUUGGGUGACUGUUGACAGUUGGAUGUUUAGCCUUCUGUUUGUACCUGUACGUAUGUGCAUCUGCUGAUGUCACAGAACACUUAAUCUGACAUCUGUAUCUACUUUUUUAUGCUGUAACCCUAAGGCUGGCAUUUGUUGUGUAAACACAACCAGGUGUGAUCUAAGGGACAGUAUCCUUAGACCAUGAGUAGGAUUUGGAAUAAAAAGGUAUAAAGUAAUGUAGAGCUCAAUCACUAUUCAUCUUG